GUCGGGACGUAGUCCGAAUGUUGCACCUGACAAGAGACCAGGUCUCCAGUAUAGAAUUUGCGCAUAAUGUUGCUGCAGCUUACGUUUUCAGACAGAAUGCGAUGUCUAUUGUGUCGUUUUAUAUUUUUGUGCUAUAUUUCCAUAGCGCUUUCUACGAUCGAUGUGACGAAACAUCCCAAAUGGAUGCUGCUGGAGCACAGAAAGUGUGGAAAUUCCAACAGCGUUCGUAUUAUCGGCGGCAAGAAUGCGACUCUGGGCGCAUAUCCUUGGAUCGCGAGAAUUGGUUACAGCAACCCUAGUGAGGGCGACGAAUUAACCUAUAGAUGCGGUGGCAGCUUAAUCAAUCAACUAUACGUAGUCACGGCCGCCCAUUGCGUAACGAAUCUGCCCGAAGGUUUAAAGAUCGGUGGAAUUCGUUUGGGUGAGCACAACACCUUGACAGAUCCCGACUGUGAGAAUGGCUAUUGCGCGGAAUCGGUGCAAGAUUCGCCGCCGGAAUCGAUAAUCGUCCACGAGAAUUACGAUACACCGCUGUAUAAGAACGACAUAGCUAUUAUACGGCUGAAGAAACCGGUAACUUAUAAUGAUCAUGUGAGACCGAUAUGCAUGGUAAGCGGUCAACUCUUGACGAAGGAUUUUGUCGGCCAGGUUGCGGAAGUCGCUGGUUGGGGGAUAUACGAUAUCAACGAUCCAAAGCCCAGCACGAUUUUGCAGACGGUCAAACUGCCGAUCGUUGACACUAACAGAUGUCAAAUAUCCUUCAAGAGUUACACGAACAUCGACAACAGGCAAAUGUGCGUGGGUGGUGUCUUGGGCGAGGACUCUUGCGGUGGCGAUAGUGGUGGCCCUCUCAUGAAAGUAGAGAGCUCGGAUGGACCUCCAAGGUACUAUUUUAUCGGCAUCGUCUCCUUCGGCGCGAAGAACUGUGGCGGUUCCUUGACGCCUGCGGUUUACAGCAAGAUUGCCGAGUACGUCACGUGGAUUCUGGACCACAUCUCUGCGUGAAUAGAUAGAUAGAUAACUGCGUUUAUUUACAUCCUGGGACUAAGA